GUGCGCACUCAGCGGACCAAAGAAUGAGGCGAACAAUGGGCAGGACGAAAAUGUGGAUUAAUUCUAUCUGAAUGCGAAACGUUUUUUUUCCGAAAAAUGAACUUGCUGUUAGGUCGAUGGAUUAUUUUGUCCAUAACAGGUAAAUGUUUUUUUCUUUACUCAUUCAGCAUGUUGUUUUGUCAUUUGUCUGCGAAAGCCUUGGAUGCAGCCAGCAACAGUUUGAUCCCUUCACUUUAUUCCAGGAACUAACGGGUCUACCUUUACAGUAGGCUAUGACCUCAACUGUCAACAUGACUUUUGGAUUCCCUUUAUUUUUAUUUAUAUAAACAUACUUUUGUCUGCCCACUUGUUUUGGGGGAUUCAUCUGAUUUGCUUUAGUGUUGAAUCUGUGCAGUGAUAAUAGGCCUUAGCUGGCCUACUCUUGUUUUUCUCUAUUGUAUUUUGUCAUAAAUUACAGGAGGAAUGUGUGGAAUGAGGACGCUAGUGAAAACCCGGUUAUUCUUAAUAUAUUUUGUAAUUGUGUAUAUUGUGUGUUUGUAUUUAUGCAGGGCUUAUCUGUAAAAUAUACCAUAGUCUCAGUAUGACUUCCCUGUCAAAAUAAAGGUUAAAUAAAAAAUAGAAAUAGGUCCCGUUAUUCAGACAAGAUCCAUGUUAUGCCUGCACCCCAAUGACCCACAUACACAUUUACUAGGCAGAGAUACAUAGGUCCUCUAUUAUAACACACUUAGAACUUUCAUUCUGAGAGCCCAAUUUCCCACCUUUAAUUUGGUAAAUGAAUAGUAAUUUAACCAUUAUUUAAUUUAGUAUUUUGGAGAGGUAUUUCUGUAGACCUAUACAAGAACAAAAAACAGCCCUCUAGGGAGUCAAGUCAUUGUGUUGGAAUGCCUGGCAGGAAAACGUGUCAGUUGUUUGGAAUGAAAGGGCCUGAUGUGGUCAGGAAGCAUGGAGUGACUCAGAGCUUUGACCAAGAAGAGCCUAGUAGACUGGUUAAACUAUAACUUGAAUGGUAAACCUCAGUUUGUGUUGUCUACUCUUCAAGAAAAGAGAACACUAUUUGAUGGAGUAAAAAGAGAACACUAUUUGAUGGUGUACCACUGAGUUACAGUUCAUAUAAGGAAAUUAGUCAAUUUAAAUAAAUUCAUUAGGCCCUAAUCUAUGGAUUUCACUUGACUUGGAACACAGAUAUGCAUCUGUUGGUCACAGAUACCUUAAAAAAAAAAGUAGGGGCGUGGAUCAGAAAACCAGUCAGUAUCUGGUGUGACCACCAUUUGCCUCAUGCAGCGCGACACAUCUCCUUCAUAUAUAGUUGAUCAGGCUGUUGAUUGUAGCCUGUGGAAUGUUGUCCCACUCCUCUUCAAUGACUGUGUGAAGUUGCUGGAUAUUGGCGGGAACUGGAACACGCUGUCGUACACGUCAAUCCAUAGCAUCCCAAACAUGCUAAAUGGGUGACAUGUCCGGUGAGUAUGCAGGUCAUGGAAGAACUGGGACAGUUUCAGCUUCCAAGAAUUGUGUACAGAUCCUUGUGACAUGGGGCUGUGUAUUAUCAUGCUGAAACAUGAGGUGAUGGCAGCGGAUGAAUAGCACGACAAUGGGCCUCACGAUCUCGUCACGGUAUCUCUGUGCAUUCAAAUUGCUAUCGAUAAAAUGCAAUUGUGUUUGUUGUCCGUAGCUUAUGCCUGCCCAUACCAUAACCCCACCACCACCAUGGGGCACUCUGUUCACAAUGUUGACAUCAGCAAACCGCUUACCCACAUGAAGCCAUACAUGCUGUCUGCCAUCUGCCCGGUACAGUUGAAACCGGGAUUCAUCCGUGAAGAGCACACUUCUCCAGCGUGCCAGUGGCCAUCGAAGGUGAACAUUUGCCCACUGAAGUCUGUUACGACGCCUGAACUGCAGUCAGGUCAAGACCCUGGUGAGGAUGACGAGCACGCAGAUGAGGUUCCCUGAGAUGGUUUUUGACAGUUUGUGCAGAAAUUCUUCGGUUGUGCAAACCCACAAUUUCAUCAGCUGUCCGGGUGGCUGGUCGCAGACGAUCUCACAGGUGAAGAAGCCGGAUGUGGAGGUCCUGGGCUGGCGUGUUUACACGUGGUCUGCGGUUGUGAGGCCGGUUGGACGUACUGGCCAAGUUCUCUAAAACGACUUGGAGGCAGUUUAUUGUAGAGAAAUGAACAUUCAAUUCUCUGGCAACAGCUCUGGUGGACAUUCCUGCAGUCAGCAUGCUAAAUGUACGCUCCCUCAAAACUUGAGACAUCUGUGGCAUUGUGUUGUGUGACAAAACUGCACAUUUUAGAGUGGCCUUUUAUUGUCCCCAGCACAAGGUGCACCUGUGUAAUGAUCAUGCCGUUUAAUCAGCUUCUUGAUAUACCACACCUGUCAGGUGGAUGGAUUAUCUUGGCAAAGGAGAAAUGCUCAUUAACAGGGAUGUAAACAAAGUUGUGCACAACAUUUGAGAGAAAUAAGCUUUUUGUGCAUAUGGAACAUUUCUGGGGUCUUUUAUUUCAGCUCAUGAAACAUGGGACCAACACUUUACAUAUUGCGUUUAUAUUUUUGUUCAGUGUAGUUGCAAGUGUUUUUGGUAUUCUGUUGUUGUGAAAAUGGAUUAGGAAAUGUAUAUUUUGUGAGUUGAAUCAGGAUCAUAGGUAUAAAUGUGUCAUUAUUUUUAUGUCACACUUGUGGGUAUUUUUAGAGGUUUAUAAAGAUGUGUUUUGGAGUGCCUGGUUACAUGCAUGGACAGUUUUUGUGUUGUUCUCCACUAGAGAUCAAAGGUCCCAGAAUAGUUUUCUUGGUGGUACGUGAAUCCUGAGGUUACCAAGGUGUCCCACCCUGUCCAUUCUCUCUGUCCCUCUCUUUCUCCCUCGCUAGAAUGUAAGAAACUCUUCUUCAAAUCUCUAACCACUAAUUGGCUGUUUACACCCGACUGGGCCAGAUGAUAUAAUCUCAUUGGUUGGAGUCCUCCCAUCCCCCUCCUCCAUUCUGUUGUCCACAUACAUUGCCUUCAUAAAGUAUUCAUACCCCUUGACUUAUUCCACAUUUUGUUGUAUUACAGCCUGAAUUCAAAAUGGAUUAAAUAUGGGUUUUUUCUCACACAUCUACGCAAAAUACCCCAUAAUGACAAGGUGAAAACAUGUUUUUUGAAAAUUUCGCAAAUGUAUUGAAAAUGAAAAACAGAAAUAUCUAAUUUACAUAAGUAUUCACACCCCUUUGCUAUGACACUCCAAAUUGAGCUCAGGUGCAUCUAAUUUCUACAACUUGAUUGGAGUCCACCUGUAGCCAAUUCAAUUGUUUGGACAUGAUUUAGAAAGAAACACACCUGUCUAUACUGUAUAAGGUCCCACAGUUGACAAUGCAGAAUGUCAGAUCAGAAACUAUACCAUAAAGUCCAAGGAACUGUCCGUAGAUCUCCGAGAUAGAAUUGUGAUGAGUAUAAAACUAUUUCUAGAGUGUUGAAAGUUUUUCCAAGAGCACAGUCUCCAUCAUUGGGAAAUAGAAAAAAUAUGGAACUACCCAGACUCUGCCUAGAGCUGGCCGUCCGACCAAACUGAGCAACCGGGCAAGAAGAUCCUUGGUCAGGUAGGUGACCAAGAACCCAAUGGCCACUCUGACAGAACUACAGGGUUUAUUGGCUGAGAUAGGAGAACCUGCCAGAAGGACAACAUUCUCUAUAGCACUUCACCAAUCUGGGCUUUAUGGGAGAGUGGCAAGACUGAAGCCAUUCCUGAGAAAAAGGCACAUGAUAGCACGCCUGGAGUUUGCAAAAAGGCACGUGAAAGACAGAUCAUAAGGCAAAAGAUUCUGUGGUCUGAUGAGACAAAAAUGUAACUCUUUGGCCUGAAUGCAAAGCGCUAUGUCUGGAGAAAACCAGACACAGCUCCUCACCCGUCUAACACCAUCCCUACUGUGAAGCAUGGUGGUGGCAGCAUCAUGCUAUGGUGAUGCUUUUCAGCGGCAGGGACUGGGAGACUGGAUGGAGGAAACAAUAAAUGGAGCCAAAUACAGGCAAAUCCUUGGUGAGAACCUGUUUCGGAGUGCAAACGACCUUGGACCAGGGCAAAGAUUUACAUUCAACAGGACAAUGACCCCAAACAUACAGCCAAAACAAAGCUGAAAUGGCUUCAGAACAAGAAUGUGAAAGUCCUUGAGUGGCCCAGCCAAAGCCCAGACUUGAAACCCAUUGAAAAUCUGUGGAAAGACUUGAAGAUUGCUGUUCACGUCGCUCAAAAUCUAACUUAACAGAGCUUGAGAAAAUCUGCAAGGAAGAAUGGAAGAAAAUCCCCAAAUCCAGAUGUGCAAAGCUGAUACAGUAAUACCCAAGAUGACUCAAAGCUGUAAUCGCCGCCAAUGGUGCUUCUACAAAGUGUUGACUCAGGGGUGUGAAUACUUAUGUAAAUAAAUGUUUUCUGUAUUUCAUUUUCAAUAAAUUUGCCCAAAAUUCUAAAAACAUGUUUUCACUUUGUCAUUAUAGGGUUUUGUGUGUAGAUGGGUCAUUUGUUUUGCACUGUCCAGAGGUAACUGACAUCUACCUCUGACUCAGUAGGAGGAGUUGGUGAACUGUUGGUGCAGGGUCAGAUAUUUAUUUAGCCUGAUCCUAGAUCUGUAGUUAGCGGCAAUGUCUAACUGGAGCUCUGUAGGUUAUUUGAAGGCCAUCAUCAUGAAUCACCCUGGCUCCUCUUCAGUACAAAGUGUGAAUCUCAAUCUGUGUAAAACUGCUUCCCCUCCUUGUCACAUUCCCUUCAUCUGCACUAAACUGAAAACUUGGGAAAGUGCUGCUAAGGAGAGGGCCGCUCUGUAGAACCGUUUGCUGUGAUUUCCUCUUUUCUGGGAAAUGUUUGGAGUGAGUUCCUGCUGCCUGCCCCACCCAGACCUAACAAGACUGGCUACAGAGGAUACUGCUCUGGCCACGACCCCCUCACUGUUCCCCUUUAUUAUGACAAACCCCUACCUCCCUACUACAGUCCUGUCCCUGCCCCCCACACCCGGCGGAAUGUAACCUCUGUGACCUCCCGUGUACUGGAGAGAGGAGCCCCCAUCCCAUCUCUGUCUCUCUCUCCCCCUUUAGAUAUUAUGCAAGUCACCUCUUGGCAAUCUCCCAGUUGGGGAUUGAGUUGGAGUCAUCAUUACGCAUACACACACACACACACACGGUUCUCAGUGGAACCAGACCAGAUGUUUUUUGGCAUUGGUGAAAUCAGGUCAUCACUUCCACAACAGAGACAGACCCUCUCCUGAGUUUUGUGGUUUAAUUAACUGAGAGGGUAUGUCUGGAAUCCACCUUAACCUGUUGGAUGUGUAGGGGGUAUGUAAGGGUGAGUUGGACUGAAAUACUUUCGGUUUCUACUGUGGGCUCUACUAUGGGUAGAGGCUAUGUGUUUGGUUCAAGUGGUGAUGGACUGGGUGCUUCUCAAAGCUGGUGUUGGAGAGCGUUCAACUGUAAAGUCUAAUCUCCUUACCAUUUGUAUGUUUCUCUGGCUAUUCAAAAGAUGCACUACAUGGCCAAAAGUAUGUGGACACCCCUUCAAAUUAGUGGAUUCGGCUAUUUCGGCCACACCCGUUGCUGACAGGUGUAGAAACUCAAGCACACAGCCAUGCAAUCUCCAAAGACAAACAUUGGCAGUAGAAUGGCAUUACUGCUGAGCUCAGUGACUUUCAACGUGGCACCGUCAUAGGAUGCCACCUUUCCAACAAGUCAGUUCGUCAAAUUUCUGCCCUACUAGAGCUGCCCCGGUCAACUGUAAGUACUGUUAUUGUGAAGUGGAAACAUCUCGGAGCAACAACGGCUCAGCUGCGAAGUGGUAGGCCACACAAGCUCACAGAACGGGACCGCUGAGUGCUGAAGAGCGUAAAAAUAAUCUGUACUCGGUUGCAACACUCACUACUGAGUUCCAAACUGCCUCUGGAAGCAACGUCAGCACAAUAACUAUUUGUCGGUAGCUUCAUGAAAUGGGUUUCCGUGGCCGAGCAGCCGCACACAAGCCUAAGAUCACCAUGCGCAAUGCCAAGCGUCGGCUGGAGUGGUGUAAAGCUCACCGCCAUUGGACUCUGGAGCAGUGGAAACACGUUCUCUGGAGUGAUGAAUCACGCUUCACCAUCUGGCAGUCAGACGGAGUAAUAUGGGUUUGGCGGAUGCCAGGAGAACACUACCUGCCCCAAUGCAUAGUGCCAACUGUGAAGUUUGGUAGAGGAGGAACAAUGGUCUGGGGUUGUUUUUCAUUGUUCGGGCUAGGCCCCUUAGUUCCAGUGAAGGGAAAUCUUAACACUACAGCAUACAAUGACAUUCUAGACGAUUCUGUGCUUCCAACUUUGUGGCAACCGUUUGGGGAAGGCCCAUUACUGUUUCAGCAUGAUAAUGACCCCGUGCACAAAGAGAGGCCCAUACAGAAGAAAUGGUUUGUCGAGAUCGGUGUGGAAGAACUUGACUGGCCUGCACAGAGCCCUGACCUCAACCCCAUCAAUUACCUUUGGGAUGAAUUGGAACGCCGACUGUGAGCAAGGCCUAAUCGCCCAACAUCAGUGCCCGACCUCACUAAUGCUUUUGUGCCUGAAUGGAAGGCUGUUAUAGCAGUAGAGGGGGGACCAACUCCAUAUAAAUGGCCAUGAUUUUAGAAUGAGAUGUUCGAUGAGCAGGUGUACACAUACUUUUGGUCAUGUAGUGUACGUUAAAGGCCUUAUAUGCAGACUGCCGUUAGAUAUUUAAAAUGUGAUGCCUACUUCUCCAGUCAUUGGACUGUGUUAACUUUAUAUCGGCAUAAUAUAACAUAAAUAUAUUGUUUUGAUUAUUGUAUUAUUAAAUUACCUCUUCCCCUCUAUUUUCUCCCUAAUUUUCUCACACCCUGUCUGUCUGUGUGUGUAUCAGUCUGUGUGUGUGCGGGGGUGCAGGUGAGCGUUCGGGAGAAGAGGCGUUUCGCCAUGCUCUUCCAGUCGGUGGUGCUCGAGUGCCAGUACCACACGCCUUCCUCCCAGACCCCUGUGGUGCAAUGGUGGUACAAAUCCUACUGCCGCGACCGCACACGAGACUCCUUCACCUUCCCCGAGAGCCUGAGGGUCCAGGGGUCCGAGUUGGGCACCGCGGCCCACCUGGAGUGCUCCGACAGCAGCCGCACCGUCCGCAUCGUAGCCUCCAGCCAAGGACCCUCCAUGACGCUGGCUGAGCACUACAAGGGCCGAGACAUCGCCAUCGUCAACAGUACUGUGAAGAUUUGUUAAGGAGUAGAUUUGUGUUGUGAUUGGAAGUUGUGUGUGUGUGUGGCGGUGUUUGUAGUUUUAAGAGCUUCUAUGACUAGAAGGCUGUGCUUGUGGAAAUGUUGUCAGGGAAGACAUACGACAUGUCCACACACACGCUUCAAUGCUGUUUACUUCAGUGUUAUAGGCGGUGGCCUUGUCCGUCAUAGCCUGUCUAUUAUCCCAGUCUCUCGACUGUUAAUGAUCCAUCUCCCAACAGGAAACAUGGCUGCUUGUGCUCUGCUUCUCCUGUUCCUGAAAUAGUCCUUCUCUGUCUCUGCUUCACAAUAGACCAGGCCAUACACUCACACUCACACACACAUUAACGACACUGCCCCCUGUUCACAAUGGAGUGGUCUCUUCACACACUGCCCUCUCUUAUCCUAUUUACAAUAAACCAUUGAGCUUCUUAUCCAAAUGAAAUACCCACCUUUUUUCUGCCUUUCAAUAGAGAGCACCCACAUACUUUUGUGUCUCUUUUAACAAAACACCCUCCUGUUGUCAUAAAUCUUAAUAGGAAGCUGUAGGAUGUAUGAAUGUGUCAAAUGUCAAUGUAAUGUAUCUUUGAGGUUUGUUCAGUAUAUUGUUUGACUAACGCCGGGUGUACACUACACGACUUACAAAAUCUUAACUUCACUGAGCCUCUCACAUUAAACGACCGUCUUUCCUGUAGUUUUGUAGGUUUGGCACAGACAGGGUGUCACACACUACAAGAUUCUUCACUUGGUCGUGAGGAUUCUCAAUACCACCACGCUGUCUCGCGAAAACAAUGAUGUGAUGAUGUGAUUAGAUUGUUAACGUAGCUACAGUAGAACGAGCUGUGGUUCAAACCAGCCUCAAACAUUUUCAGUCAGACAUUUACGCUUGCCAUACAGAGUUGAAAUAUCUAGCCAACAUUUUGAAUUAAGUAACAUUGCCUGUGAACUUUAGAGGUGUAACGAUUUGACACUUUGGUUAAAGGCAAGUACCAACACACAUUCUGUGUGAUGCGAAACAACGUCAUCAUCUCACUGGCUUCUUCUCUGCCGAGCUCUCUUUGUCUAUCGCUGAUCACCUUCCUUAAAAGUUGUCAUUGUACAUCUUACACUACAAGAGCAUUGUAGAUUUUGUGCUGGUGAAAUCAAACAUGUUUGAAAAUAUCGGGACGUCUGGGACUGCUCAAAGACGGGAUCGGUAGCCCUCAGAUUGCGUCUCUGACCCGCUCACAUUAAACGAGCACCAGUGACGGCCGCACGCCCCGAGUAGGCAACGACAUGGGGAUUUUGUCUCCGACCUCAAAAACUUGUUUGGGACAGCUAAAUCGGGGCCAAAAUCGUGUAGUGUACACCUGGCUUAACAGUAUAUAAUUUUGUUACAGUAUGCAGUUGUCGAUUAUUUGUUAAAUGGGUUUCAUAUGUAUCGUUUUUCAGAGCUUUUAUAGGUUUAUAGUUUUUUCAUAGGAGAUACUGACCAUGCUCUCAUAUCAUUUGACCUCUCACCUAUGACCCUUGUCCUGACCUCUGACCCUGUGUCCUGUCCCUGUCCAGAGGCGGACCUGCGGAUCGGGAAGCUGCAGUGGGGUGACAGCGGUGUGUACUUCUGUAAGAUAGUCAUCGCUGACGACCUGGAGGGGAAGAACGAGGGACAGAUGGAGGUACUGGUGCUGGGUGAGUGACCACAGGAAGUGAACCCUACACACACAGGAAGUAAACAUUAAACACAGGAAUUCAACCACCUCAACAUCAAAGAGGAAGGGAUAGAACGGAAAUUAACAGAAAUCUGAACAUUCUGCUGGGGCUUUCUUAUUUCGAGGUCCUCUCUGGUUUGAAAGGAUUUGGGAAUUGAGGAAGUAGGAAACAAGUAUACUCAUAUGUAUUGUCUUGUGUCUCACUUUCUGAACCUUACCACAGCAGUAAAACCAAUGCGCACACUAAAACCAAUGGAUUUGUGCCAUUGCACCAGUCUCAUAUGCUGACUGUGGUGUGUGUGUUCACGUGUGUGUGUGUGUCGGUGUGUAGGGUAAGUGUAUUUGUUUGUUUGAUAUGGUUCAUAAUGGAGUGCUUAAAUAUAAACAUCCUUGCUCUAGAGGGCAUCUGCCUUCCAAAGUGCACUUACAAGUGCUGCCAUGACGACAGGCAGAAUGGCGUGCGCUGCUCUACACACGGUUCUGAUCCUCUCUGAGAGGACCCAUUGUUUGGCAGAGCUUACCCUUGUAGAACAGCUGACAUAACCCUGACAUAGCCAUACAUAAACCCUUAUAACCUCAGAUAUAGGCCAGGUAGACUGUUGUGCCACAGCAUUGAACAUAGGCUACAUAAUAGAGAGUUUACAACAUACAUUACAGAGAGUAGUUCUAUGUAAUUGUUGUGAGCUAUGUAAUCUACUUCUUAAGCUGUUGCCAUGGCAACAUUCCUUUAUUUGGGGGAACGGGACUAAAGCAUGUUAAGGGUCAGUGGUGUAGACGUAAAAGGAGAGAGUGAAAGACAGAGCGUUUUGUUGUAACACAGGAGAGGAGCUGACUUUGGCCUUGUACACACACCACCAGAGUUUGAGUUGUUGAACCCAUUGUAAUUCCUUCAGGGUUAGUCUGUGUGUCUUAGCACCCCCUCCUACUCCUCUCACUCAAGAGGCACCAGUCUCCCUUCUCUCUCUCAUGUUACCGUCUGCUGUAUUUAUGACUGUCGAGGGCUAGGAGAGUUUAGAGGAUGACUUUGUCCUUAUGGUGGGACUGAGACUGAGUUCCUGAACUCUCUCCUUCUCUUCUUGUUCCUCUUUCCUUCCCUCUCUCCCCUUCUCAUGUCCUCUCUUUCUCCUAACUCCCUCUCUCACUCAGUGGCAUGUAUUCAUGGAUGUCAAGGGAAGCCAGGCUUCCCAAAAUAUUUGUCCAAUAAAAAAAUACAAUUGAUUAAAUUAUUUAAUCUUUCGUCUCUGCGUUUUCAUAAUUUUCCGUCAAUUCGCAAUUGGCUGAAUCUCAUCAGAAAUCAUCAGAGCGAGGGAAACAGCGCCCCUCUGUCUCAGUAUAUGUAGUCCAUAUAUCUGAUGCUGUCUGGAACAAAAGAAUAUGGCAUGUUGCCGCCGUAGCAUUUCAUUGAUUGAUUGAUGCCAGCAAGCAUUUGGCCUCCCUUGAUAAAAAAUAAAUAAAAUAAUUAGCCAAUCAGCGUUGACCUGAGCUCAACUGUGGGUUGUCCUGGUGCAGCAAAACGCCCCCAAGGGAGGCCAGUUUGGAUUUUGCUUCCCACCAAUCAAAUCACAUCCUAAGCAAAACGUCAUCAUUGUUAGAAACACGUGUCAGUUUCUGGUCUGCUUUUGUUGAUGUCCUGCAGUAGCUAGCUUGCUAAAUCGGCCCUUUCCUAAGCCAUGGAUGGAGAUGUGGAUUUGGACUUGUGGUUUUAACGAUUGGCGAUUCUGAUCUAACCCUAAAUUCAAAUAUUGUGCCACUGGCCUGAGACGAUUGAAGUUCAAUAUGUAGCCUAGUAGGCUCACGUUAACUAAUAAUAAAUAAUAUAAUAUGCCAUUUAGCAGACGCUUUUAUCCAAAGCGACUUACAGUCAUGCGUGCAUACAUUUUUGUGUAUGGGUGGUCCCGGGGAUCGAACCCACUACCUUGGCGUUACAAGCGCCGUGCUCUACCAGUUGAGCUACAGAGGACCACAACUAGCUAGCUAACUUAGCUGGUUCAUUGUUGCCCAUAUGAGGAAGUUAGGCUAGCAAGCAUUUUAGCUAGGUAGCCUAAAAAACUAAAACUAAAAGUAUGACAGCGCCAUAGACCAUUUUGCCAAAUUGAAAGAGUGGAGGAUGGCAUUGGCAUUCAACUAGUCUACAAGUAGGAUGAGUCAACUUUAAUUUUUUUGGUAUCUUUAAGUUUGUUUUCAGUGUAUUAAACUAAGCAUGUAUAGCCUUGUUAAUUUGAUGAUGUUUAAAUGUUUAAGUUGAAAUGGUGCUGGAAUAGCGGAGGCAGUCCUCCUGUUGUCUUUGUGCUGACUUGCGGUAACGCCGUAGUUCUAAAUCAGAAGUUGUUUAUAAACUGUCAAACAUUAACUUGCUUGACCAUGCUGCAGGUCAUAUACAGUGGCUUGCGAAAGUAUUCACCCCCCUUGGCAUUUUUCCUAUUUUGUUGCUGCAAAACACCAGUCUCAACGUCAACAGUGACUCCGGGAUGCUGACCUUCUAGGCAGAGUUACAAAGAAAAAGCCAUAUCUCAGACUGCCCAUCUUAAUCUUUUCUUUUUAUUGGCCAGUCUGAGAUAUGGCUUUUUCUUUGCAACUCUGCCUAGAAGGUCAGCAUCCCGGAGUCGCCUAUUCACUGUUGACGUUGAGACUGGUGUUUUGCGGGUACUAUUUAAUGAAGCUGCCAGACACUCUAAUGUAUUUGUCCUCUUGCUCAGUUGUGCACCGGGGCCUCCCACUCCUCUUUCUAUUCUGGUUAGAGCCAGUUUGCGCUGUUCUGUGAAGGGAGUAGUACACAGCGUUGUACGAGAUCUUCAGUUUCUUGGCAAUUUCUCGCAUGGAAUAGCCUUCAUUUCUCAGAACAAGAAUAGACUGACGAGUUUCAGAAGAAAGUUCUUUGUUUCUGGCCAUUUUGAGCCUGUAAUCGAACCCACAAUUGCUGAUGCUCCAGAUACUCAACUAGUCUCAAGAAGGCCAGUUUUAUUGCUUCUUUAAUCAGCACAACAGCACAACAGUUCUCAGCUGUGCCAACAUAAUUGCAAAAUGGUUUUCUAAUGAUCAAUUAGCCUUUUAAAAUUAUAAACUUGGAUUAGCAAACACAAGAAGGAACACAGGACUGAUGGUUGCUGAUAAUGGGCCUCUGUACGCCUAUGUAGAUAUUCCAUUAUACACUGCUCAAAAAAAUUAAGGGAACACUUAAACAACACAAUGUAACUCCAAGUCAAUCACACUUCUGUGAAAUCAAACUGUCCACUUAGGAAGCAACACUGAUUGACAAUACAUUUCACAUGCUGUUGUGCAAAUGGAAUAGACAACAGGUGGAAAUUAUAGGCAAUUAGCAAGACACCCCCAAUAAAGAAGUGGUUCUGCAGGUGGUGACCACAGACCACUUCUCAGUUCCUGGCUGAUGUUUUGGUCACUUUUGAAUGCUGGCGGUGCUUUCACUCUAGUGGUAGCAUGAGACUGAGUCUACAACCCCACAAGUGGCUCAGGUAGUGCAGCUCAUCCAGGAUGGCACAUCAAUGCGAGCUGUGGCAAGAAGGUUUGCUGUGUCUGUCAACGUAGUGUCCAGAGCAUGGAGGCGCUACCAGGAGACAGGCCAGUACAUCAGGAGACGUGGAGGAGGCUGUAGGAGGGCAACAACCCAGCAGCAGGACCGCUACCUCCGCCUUUGUGCAAGGAGGAGCAGGAGGAGCACUGCCAGAGCCCUGCAAAAUGACCUCCAGCAGGCCACAAAUGUGCAUGUGUCUGCUCAAACGGUCAGAAACAGACUCCAUGAGGGUGAUAUGAGGGCCCGACGUCCACAGGUGGGGGUUGUGCUUACAGCCCAACACCGUGCAGGAUGUUUGGCAUUUGCCAGAGAACACCAAGAUUGGCAAAUUCGCCACUGGCGUCCUGUGCUCUUCACAGAUGAAAGCAGGUUCACACUGAGCACAUGUGACAGACGUGACAGAGUCUGGAGACGCCGUGGAGAACAUUCUGCUGCCUGCAACAUCCUCUGGCAUGACCGGUUUGGCAGUGGGUCAGUCAUGGUGUGGGGUGGCAUUUCUUUGGGGGGCCGCACAGCCCUCCACGUGCUCGCCAGAGCUAGCCUGACUGCCAUUAGGUACCGAGAUGAGACCCUCAGACCCCUUGUGAGACCAUAUGCUGGUGCGGUUGGCCCUGGGUUCCUCCUAAUGCAAGACAAUGCUAGACCUCAUGUGGCUGGAGUGUGUCAGCAGUUCCUGCAAGAGGAAGGCAUUGAUGCUAUGGACUGGCCCGCCCGUUCCCCAGACCUGAAUCCAAUUGAGCACAUCUGGGACAUCAUGUCUCGCUCCAUCCACCAACGCCACGUUGCACCACAGACUGUCCAGGAGUUGGCGGAUGCUUUAGUCCAGGUCUGGGAGGAGAUCCCUCAGGAGACCAUCCGCCACCUCAUCAGGAGCAUGCCCAGGCGUUGUAGGGAGGUCAUACAGGCACAUGGAGGCCACACACACUACUGAGCCUCAUUUUGACUUGUUUUAAGGACAUUACAUCAAAGUUGGAUCAGCCUGUAGUGUGGUUUUCCACUUUAAUUUUGAGGGUGACUCCAAAUCCAGACCUCCAUGGGUUGAUAAAUUAGAUUUCCAUUGAUAAUUUUUGUGUGAUUUUGUUGUCAGCACAUUCAACUAUGUAAAAAAAAAGUAUUUUAAUAAGAUUAUUUCAUUCAUUCAGAUCUAGGAUGUGUUGUUUAAGUGUUCCCUUAAUUUUUUUGAGCAGUGUAUAUCAGCCGUUUCCAGCUACAAUAGCCAUUUACAACAUUAACAAUGUCUACACUGUAUUUCUGAUCAAUUUGAUGUUAUUUUAAUGGACAAAGAAAUGUUUUUUCUUUCGAAAACAAGGACAUUUCUAAGUGACCCCAAACUUUUGAACGGUAGUGUAGUUUCUCUCAGGUUACUGAGCUCAGCUGGGUUUAUAUGACUCAGUGCCAGAGCAGGGUGGUAGGAUCUGUGUGUGUUCGUGUGUGUGUUUUUUUUUUGUAUCAGAGGAGAGGAGUGUGCUAUUUAUCUUCAUGACUACUGGAGCCUGUCUGGCUGUGGGAGUUCAGUCUACCCCGACAGCUAGCAGGCCUGUUAAAUCAAAGAGCCCUUUAGAUUGAUAUGUAGAGACACACACACACACACACUUAAUGUGUGUAAACCAGGUAUUUUAGCAACCCUGUUGAACCUAUCUAGAGAGAUAAACAUAGAGAUUAGAAUCAGUUUAUUUUGGCGUUUGGGUGAGGCCACAGACCGGUCCCACUAUUAUUUUUCUCUGUCUCUCCCUCUUUCUCUCUAUCUCCAUUGCCCUUUAUCGUUCUCUCACUCUGUCUCUAUCUCCCUUAACUUUUCCCUCCCUUCCUCUGUCUCGCUCACGUUUAGCAAAAACAAAGCUGCCAUUGUUACCAUGGCGAUAUUGUUCGUCUGGCCCUCUUUCCCUGAUGAGCUCUAAUGGUUAAUUGGUGUCCCAGAAUGCUUCAGAAGUGUCUGUCCCCGUUACACCCUGCCCCAUACGGUAACAUCACAAAAAUACAGCACCCUGCUAAAAUUAGGUUCAGUGUGAGAUGAGAGGUGAGAGUUUGACCCCUGACCUCAGAACUCGUGGCCUUUAAGACUGGGUUAGUGUGUGUGGAGAUCAAUAACCCUAAAGAAGGCACUGCGUGCCGCAACGUUGGUUAGGUGUACCCAUUGAAUUGUUAGGAGCAUAUUUAGAGUGUGCGACUUUCUUUAUAUUUAUACAGUUUACCCUCCGUUAGCCAGCACCUCAACAAAAAUAUGUGGGUUUGCGUCAGCUCAUGCUUUUUAUUACAUGAAGAUCAAUAAGCGACACACUUUGAACUUUGUUUUCACCUCCAUUUUUAAUCAUGGGAAAUUAUUAAUGAUGAUUAUCACUUUGGCUUUAGCAUCAGGUGUUGACGAAUUGUACUGUUUUCCCCUGGUUCCUCUGUUGAUUAAUCUCUGCCGGUCUCAAUGCAUGAUCCUCAGUCAAUAACUCCAUCUGAUUGGCUGAUUUGCCUCACCUUUGACCUCUGCCCUCUGCUACUUCCUGUCUGCUGCGCCUCACCUCUGAUGUCCCUCUCUCUGCAGGUAGGACAGGUGUGCUGGACGAUCUCCUGCCAGAGUUUGAUGUGGAGAUUAUGCCAGGUACGGCUGCUUGCCUCCUCAUUCGCUGGCUACUGUCUGUCUCUCUCUGUCUGUCUGUCAAUCUGUGUGUGAUUAUGCCUUUUCACCUCACCUGUCCCUUCCUUACCUGUUCCCCUCGGUGACAUCCCCGGCUCUGGCUCUGCUACCCCGCCCCCAUGCUGAUCUCUCACUGUCCAAUCAUCUUCUGGGAAUCUUGAUUGAUUUAACAACUGCAGAGGAAAGAACCAAUCAGCUCGUGGCCUCAUCUUAUAUUCUGCCUCUCCACAGUCAUGCAUUAACUCACUCUCGCUAGCUAGGUUUCCGUCCAAUUUGCGACAGAUUUUCAUGCGAAUAUUCUCGAAUCUGCAUUAAACAAUAUGCACAUUUUCCCACCAGAGAUCAGAACAAAUCAAAUGUAUUUAUAAAGCCCUUUUUACAUCAGCAGAUGUCACAAAGUGCUUAUACAGAAACCCAACAAAUGAUCUGUCGGAAUUUAUAAAAUGGAAACCUUACUGUCCCAAUCAUAUUCUUACUACAGUACUAAAUGCAUGGUGUGCAUUUAAUACCUCUCCUCAAUGGAGCUGUCACGCUCUGGCUCCGGGACUGUGUAUUGUGAGCCAGGGUGUGUUCAUUUGGUUGUGUUGUAUUUGGUUGUGUUUCAUUGUUUGGUCCAGUGACUCCCAAUCAGUGGUAACGAGUGUCAGCUGUCGGCUCGUUAUCUCUGAUUGGGAGCCAUAUUUAAACUGUCAUUGUUCACCUUGGGGUUGUGGGUUUUUGUUCCUUGUCAGUCAUUGUAACGGAGGACUUCACGUUUCGUCAUUGUUUGUUGUUUUCGUGUUUCGGCUUUAAUUUAAUAAAGUCAUGUUCACCUUCAACGCUGCGCAUUGGUCCUCCUCAUUAGACGAUCGUGACAGAAAAACCCACCAAGAUGGGACCAAGCAGCGUGUCCAGGAGCCGUCGCCAGGGAGAUCCCUCACAGAUCUCCUUCGCCUCCUGGACUGGGUCAAGCCGAGUGAGGAGGAGAAGGGCUUGACACUAUGGCAGAAGGGCGAGAGGCUGGCGAGCAAUAUGGAGACCUGGUCCACGGGUAGGAGAGACGCCCCAAAAAUUUUUAGGGGGGGGCUCACGACGUCGGACCAGCAGGAGGCCGCGAUAGAGCGGCCCAGUGGGUUGCCGGAGAAGGCCGCUGGGUUACGGGGGCCACUGGUCGAAGAGGGGAUGGAGGAAGUAGAGGCACGACGAGAGGUACUGGCGUGUGUUGCCAGUCCGGUCCGGCCCGUUCCAGAUCCCGGUGUAGGACCAGUGGUGUGUGUCCCCAGUACAGUCCGGCCCAUCCAAGCUUCCCGCACCAAGCCAGUGGUGUGCGUCGUCAGCCCGGCUCUGCCCGUGCCUGCUCUCCGCAUCAAGCCUGUGGUGCGUCUCGUCAGCCCGGCUCUGCCCGUUCCUGCUCUCCGCACCAGGUCUGUGGUGCACGUCGCCAGCCCAGUCCGGCCCAUUCCUGCUACUCGCAACAAGCCAAGGGUGCGAGUCGUCAGCCGGAUUCAGCCCAUUCCUGCUACUUGCACCAAGCCAAGGGUGCGAGUCGUCAGCCGGAUUCAGCCCAUUCCUGCUACUCGCACCAAGCCAAGGGUGCGAGUCAUCAGCCGGAUUCAGCCCAUUCCUGCUACUCGCACCAAGCCAUGGGUGCGAGUCGUCAGCCGGAUUCAGCCCAUUCCUGCUACUCGCACCAAGCCAAGGGUGCGAGUCGUCAGCCGGAUUCAGCUCAUUCCUGCUACUCGCACCAAGCCAGGGAUGCGAGUCUUCAGCCUGGUGAGGCCUGUUCCGGCUCCACGCACCAUGCAAAGGGUGCGUAUCGUCUGCCAGGUCCGGUCCAUUCCUGCCUCACGCGCCAAGCCAGGGGUGCGCGUCGGCAGUCCUGAUCCAGCUAACUGGGUCAGAUCGGACUGGGGGCACUACGGGGGGAUUGUAAUAGGGUGGUGGUCAAGCCCGGAGCCGGAGCCGCCUCCGAGGAACAAUACCCACCCAGCCCUUCCCUAUUUGGGGUGUAGGCGCGGUCGGAGUCCGCGCCUUUAGGGGGGGGUACUGUCACGCUCUGGCUCCGGGACUGUGUAUUGUGAGCCAGGGUGUGUUCAUUUGGUUGUGUUGUAUUUGGUUGUGUUUCAUUGUUUGGUCCAGUGACUCCCAAUCAGUGGUAACGAGUGUCAGCUGUCGGCUCGUUAUCUCUGAUUGGGAGCCAUAUUUAAACUGUCAUUGUUCACCUUGGGGUUGUGGGUUUUUGUUCCUUGUCAGUCAUUGUAACGGAGGACUUCACGUUUCGUCAUUGUUUGUUGUUUUCGUGUUUCGGCUUUAAUUUAAUAAAGUCAUGUUCACCUUCAACGCUGCGCAUUGGUCCUCCUCAUUAGACGAUCGUGACAGGAGCAGUGUUAUUCACAAGAAACCCUACCCCCAAUCUCUUUCGAAAAUUAGAUGUCUCUCUGAAGAGGUAUACUUGGGAUGUGUUUUUUCACAAGGGGCUGACUGAAGUAUUGAGUUUUUAAUUUCUGCUUAUGCCCUGACGAAGUUCAUCAUUAGUGUUGAGAGCCUUCUCGUGAUGUGAGGCUGCAAUAGGAGUGCAGGCCCAAGCCAGCAAGCUCUGCCUCUCUACACCCUGAGCGUUGGGGGGUUAAUAUUACCUUUUAUGUCAAUGAUUAUUACAGAUGUGGAGAGAGGACAGAGAUGCAGAAGGUGUAACUUGAGUGAGUCACAUGUAGUUACUAACUCAAGUAACAAGAUGUGUAUCUCUACUGUUUGUGGGAUCUGUAGUCUUAUUAAUCUCUGUGUUUGUGUUCCAGAGUGGGUGUUUGUGGGAUCUGUAGUCCUGGGCAGUAUCUUGUUCCUUUUGUUGAUGGGGAUCUGCUGGUGUCAGUGCUGCCCUCACUCCUGCUGCUGCUAUCUCCGCUGCUGCUGCUGCCCCGACACCUGCUGCUGCCCACGCCACCGUGAGUAACACACACAACCACAAACACACACAGUCUUACAUUCACUUGCUUCCCUUUUUAAAAGUUUAGGAUUUUAAUAUAGUUUUUUAUUGUUUUCCAGUGUAUGAGGCGGGGAAGAUGGCAAAGAGUGGCCAGCCCCCCCAGAUUGCUGUGUACCCCCCCUACUACAUCCCUGGGGUCCCCACCAUGGUCCCGUUUGCCCCUCCAUCCCUCGCGGACCCUAAGAUGGUCUCCUUCCCCUCAGUGGAGAAGAACCUAGCUGGGGGUGAGUGACCCAACCCACACCUGCGCUCGUCCUUUCAGUCUGCAGGACCUGGACAAGCCAUUCUGCAUUGUGGGAAAUGUUGUUUUGCAUGAUAUAUCACAGUAACACUAACUACCAUUUGUAGAGGGUCAUCUGAGUUAACUAACCCUCUUCUUAUGUCACUCUUUAUUUUCUGUCUCUAUACUGGGUGGAGUUGUAUAUGACCAGACCUGUGUGGGGGUGCGUGUAUGUGUGUGGGUAGGUGGGCCAGGUGUGUGUGCAUGGGUGCAUUCGUAUGUUCAUGUGUGUGUGUGUGUGUGUGUGUGUGUGUGUGUUUUUAUGUGUUUUUGUUUGUGUAAUUGGGUUUUUACUGUGCCCAUAGUGGCUUUUAUCCUUAAUAUAAGUGGGCGUGGGUGUGUGCGUCCGUGUCCACAGUACGCAGUGGCUAUCGUCUCCAGCCCAAUCACAGUCAGGACUCUAUGAAGGUUCUGUACUACGUAGAGAAGGAGCUGGGACAGUUUCCCUCUGCUAAGAUGGCUCCUCCACAAUGUAAGCCUGUACGGAGUCAGUAGUUCCUCUAUAAUCCCUGUGUUUGUGUGUGUGCGUGUCUGCGUAUUUGUCUCUGUCUGUGUUUAAUGUGUGUGUUUGUAUGUAAGUAUCUUUGUUAGUGCUUGUGUAAAAGUUUGUCAUCCUCAUCAGAAACCCUCCGUUACAUUCUCCAUUAACUUGAUUUCGCCAUUAAUAACAAACUAACCCUAAAUACACUGAAUGUCAUUAAUUCCAUCUACUGAGAGAAUCCAUCUGUGUUGAAUCAGUCAAAUGUUGUUUGGUAACUUUUUAAGGACUACUUAUAAACUGCUUAUAAACCAUUAUUAAAUUAUUUAUUAUCCAUUUGUAAACUUUUAUCAACAUUAGUAAGUACAACACAUUUUUGGACGAUGUUAUCUGUAUUAUCAUAAUGUUUUAAAGCAGUUUUUAGUAGAUAAUCAAAUAGUAAUACCAUGAGGUUACACAGACCAUUGGGGCAGGAUGAUGUCACUAGAACACAUUUGGCCAUGGAUGGUGAUUUACUGUAGACAAAAGACAUCAGUGCACUGUAUUGAUUGGACUGUUGCAUUUUUAUCAGAUACUAUGAGAUGGCAUGGUUCUCUAUUUCACAUGACAGUUCAUUUCCAAACCAGUGGCAAUGUAAGAAGGUAUAGUAAUUUUUUGUAAACACACAUUUAUUUAUGGAUUGCCGUGGAAAGCAUUUUGUCAUUGGAAAUUCCAAUAAGGCGGAGGAAGACAGCCCUUUGGCUGGUGUGUUCCAUGGAACGCAUUCCCAUUCUAUGCAUUCUGUUUCUAUGGGUGGCAUAUUGUAAUUUCAUAAUUGGCUCAGAUUCCUUCUAUAAUGUCUCUCCCAAGAUGCAAACUAAGAGCAACAGACCAUGAGCGCCAUCAGCAAAAGCAUUUACUUUGAAAAUGGCCAGUCUAUAUUUACACUCUGGCUAUCAGAUGUUGUUUGUGUUAGUUUGGGUGAUAUUUGAUGAUGUGUCUGUGACUCAAUUAGAAGUGUUGAUGCAUAGUGAUGAUGGUGGUGUAGAGGUCGUAGAUCAAUUCAGAUUCAAAACACUAUUGUAAAAACUUUUCUUGAAAGCAGUAACGGUCUCCAUAGUGAUGUGUUGUCCCAGCAGCCAGUAGCCUAUCAGAGCUCAGCUCUCUGCAUGAGGGAGGGGACACGGAUUUCCGGCGGACCUAUCGGACAGUCCAGAUGAAAGCUCUCCCGCCCAUCGCCGACCUAGAUGACCAAUCAGAACUCAUGGCAGCUCCCGUGCACAACAGUCGUCGACCCAGGCAUUACCGUGGCAACGACACGGAUGACGAACAAGACAGCAGGUACCACUGAGUGUGUGACUGUAACUCUGUAAGACUGUGUGAGGACUGUCUCUAAGGUACUCAAUAUAUUUUGUGUGUCUGUGUGUGAAAGAAAGAGAAGAGGAUGUUGUAUUGUAUAUUGUAUUCCUGAUUAUCUUGUAUUUAGUGUAGGACUAAAAUGUUAGUUAGCACUGUGCCUGCAUUUGUGUAUCUGUUAUGUACUCUGAUCCCCCCUGUCUUCCCUGUGUUUCAGGUGGAACCCCCGCUCUGUGCACCUGGAGAGGAAGACAUUGGGCACAAGGGGGCGUACCGGCUCUCUGGAUGAGCUGGAGGAGUUUGCUAUGUCCUACGGCCCCCGUGCCCGGAGGGGCGAGCCCCGAGACCAGGAAAGGGACUACGACCUGGAGCUACGGGGGCGAGAGCACUACCCUCCCUACUGGGACCACAGCCCCCCUCGCCAUUUCCAUGGAGACCGGGACAACGACUGGCACCCCCGCCGCAGCCCCCCUCCCUCGCCGCAGAAGAGGAGGGACACGUGGGAUGGCGAUCGCGAUCGCCCCUCUCGCCCCCACCAGCACGCCCAGGGGGGGAGGGGUUACGAUUACACUUUCCUUAAUGACCUAUUGGAGCGUAAGGUGAGGGGGGCAGGAGAGAGGGGGGAGAGGGGUGAGAGAGGAAAGUGGCGGGCUGAUGAGGAUAGUGACACUCCCUCCAAGGGCAGUUCGAAGGGCAAGGGCAGCGAUGGUUUCUACAGCCAGUCAUCUAGCAACCGGCCCGAGGAGGAGGACUCUUUGCCUCCGUACUCGGAGUGGGAGGUGGAAAGGUAUCGGACGGUCGACCCAACCGCUGAACGUUACCGCACUGUCGAACCACCCUCAGACCGGUACCGGACCACUGACCCGGCCAUGCAACCGUUCUCCUAUACCCGUCCCCCUAAAGGACUGGCACACACCGUACAGGGGGACAGAGAGGACAGGGACCAGAACCGAAAUAUGGUGAGUUACCUGUAG